CAACACUUCACAACAGCCUCUUCGUCAUUUUCGCAACAACGCGAUAAUCAGUAGCUAGACUUCCGUUUAAUGCAUAUCCAAGGUUCAUAGGAAGUCCACGGGCCGAACAUGCGUCUUCCAAAUAUCGGCCGAGGUAGCACUUCGGCAUCUGAGGAUAUGAAUUCAACAUGCCGGACUUUGGAGUUAAGGUCUAGAAAUCUAUUGUAUAAGUAUUUACUUUUUUGCAUAAGAGACUUGUGGUGUCUUCUCUUUAACCUUUCAUAUCUCAUCAAUCUUCUUAAUUCCAAAUGCCCCACAGAUUUUCCGUCAAUCAACCAAGAUCAGCAUGAGCAACGCAGUCAAGAGCAAGGUCGAUGUGGCCUUUAGCACCAUGGCCAUUGGGAAGGCUGGUCUCGAAGGGGUUCGCAUCCACACCAUUGAAGAUACCGUUGCUAUUCUCGAAGUCAUCAGGGAGCAUGGCUACACUGAGAUCGAUACUGCACCCUUACGCUGGAGAAACUUGUGAGGGGAUGCUUGGGGAUGCUAAAUGGCAAAAUAAAAGCAUUAAGAUGCAAACGAAGCUCUACCCCACCACUGGCAAGGGCAUGAAUACAAUGCCUUCUGAGGAAUACUCGCACUCGGCAGCCGAUUACAUACGAGCUGAUCGAUAUGUUCUCGGACCUGAUCGUAAAACAGACUUCCAGAUCACAACAGGAGAAGUUGGCAAGUUGCGCAAAGAAGGCAAGUUCGGGAGCUUUGGCCUCAGCAACUUCGUGUCACGGGAAGUGAGUGAGUUUUGCGAAAUCUCCAAGAAGAAUGGGUGGACCAUGCCGAGCGUUUACCAGGCAAUCUACAAUGAACUACACCGAACCGUGGAACCUGAAUUAUUUCCGUGCCCCAGAUUUUACAAAAUCGCACUCUAUGCUUUCCGGCCUCUAGCUCGCGGCUUGCUCACAGGGAAGUUCAACCUUGGCCAAACGAAGUUCGAGGCCGGCAGCUGGUUUGAACCAAAGCGAUUGCAAGGGAAGCUGCAUCAUUCACUUUACUUCGCCGUAGAAAAGCACGGUUUCACAGUUGCUGAAUUUGCAUUGAGAUGGAUGAUGCAUCAUUCGCAGCUGAAGGGGGAGUUCCAUGAUCCCGUUAUCAUUGGGGCAAGCAGCGCUAAGCAGCUUGAGAGCAAUCUGGCUUUGGAUAACGGGUGGCAGUUUGUCAAAGGUUUCCAGUCCAAGUAUUAG